AUGCAUCUAUGGCCCUCAGCGACGAUCAGAGACUCCUUCAAGCUUGCUUACCUGAGAAAGCUCGAAUGGAACCUCCAGAGAAUGAAAAGUGAAAAAGAAUCAUCAGCUUCCGUCAAUCAGAAGCUGUUAGACAGCCAAGAAGGCGGAGUCCAACAGUCGAAUAGCCAAGAAGGUGAAGUCAAUGGAAAAGUGGCCGAAGUGCCCAAUCCAAAGGCUCAUGGAGUGGUCCUUGGACUUUGCAGAGAGAUCCUGAUGCUUCUCUCCUGUUGCUUCUGUUGUUUCUGCUGUGGAGAUUCAAGCAGUGCUCUUAUGGUUUGA